CUCUUAUGUAUUGGUCAGAGGAGUUCGGUAUUCGAUAUCAGCGCAAGAGUCGUGAUGCUAAAAGGGGGUUGUCGUGCUGCAAUGGAAAGUUGAAAAUGAUCUACUCGCGUCAGGAUGAGUUUGUCAACAGCCUGAUUCGACUCGCUUCGGUCAACACAACAGGGCGAAUCGAUUGGGAACUGGUGGCUCAACAACAUCUUCACAACAUGUCCGAUCAGCUGAUUUGUGGCGUUCGAGAAAUACUUCUUGACGAGCAAU